AUGGGAUUUGAAAUAAAUACAUUAGAAUUUAAUCAAAAUCAAUUAAAUAUUUGGGAUAUUGGAGGACAAAAAACUCUAAGAUCAUUUUGGUUUAAUUAUUUUGAUAAAUUAGAUUCAAUGAUUUGGGUUAUUGAUUUAUCAAAUUGGUCUAGAAUACAAGAGAAUUUCAAGGAGUUUAAUGAUAUUAUAUCGAAUGAGAAAUUGAUGGGAUUGAAAGUUUUGAUUUAUUUAAAUAAAUUAGAUUUGAUACCACAGAGUAAUAUUGAUGAAUUGAAAACCAGAGUUAUUGAUUUAUUACAAUUAAAUCAAUUGGAUCAGGAGAGAUGGAAAGUUCAAGAGUGUAGUGCUUAUGAUUUGAAGAGUUUACACAAAGGAUUGGAGUGGUUGAUAUCAUCAUAG